AUGGCGGUGGCUCGGGAAAGAAGUGGGUCCCAUGUCAGAAAAAGGCAAAGAUGGGAGAAAAAGAAAGGUACUUCUUCUAGACAGAGAGACAGAAAAUACCCAACCGGCACAAGAACGAAUAGAGCAACCGAAUCGGGAUAUUGGAAAGCAACCGGCAAAGACAAAGAGAUCUACAAAACUAGGUCAAAAAACCACCUUGUCGGAAUGAAGAAAACCCUAGUUUUCUACAAAGGUAGAGCCCCGAAAGGAGACAAAACCAAUUGGGUUAUGCACGAAUACCGCCUCGAAGGCAACUUCUCCGACUACAACUUCUCUAGGGCAGCUAAGGAGGAAUUCGUAGUUUCUAGAGUGUUCCACAAGAGCACCGGAGUACGAAGAAACCCUGGUGACGAACUAGCAAGAAUCGAUCAUGGCCCGACACUACCACCGUUGACGGACUACAAUCCUUCUUCCGAUUAUUACCAAACAAAUGAUUAUUACAAGAAGGAUGCUAUUGCAUCACCACCUUCUUCUUCGAGGGUAUUCUUGGAAAACCACAAAUUAGAAAUGCAGUACGACCCGAAAAACUUCCUCGUGCCACCUCAUCAAAACUACACAAACCCUAUUUUCUAUACCCAAAAUACCCUUCCUAGUUCAAUGUUUCCAUACCAAGCACCACCACCAUCUUCAUCUUCUCUUGCUAGUUAUAAUCAUUACCAAGAUGGAUUGAUUAGCUACCCCAACAAUAUUUUUCCAUUCAAAGGAGGCGAUUAUUACUAUAAUAAUCAAGAAAAUAAUUCGAGGCUCGUAGCACCGAAAAUGGAGCAAUAUUUUUCGUCGAACAAUUCCGUGAUCAGCCAUUCGCAAGACACUGGGAUUAGCACUGAGAAUAUCAAUAAUGCUGUCGAGAUAAAUUCGGUGCAUUCUUCCAAGGGAGAUGUCGAGAGCAAGAAGGCGUUUGAUCAAGAACUCGAGGGUCUCGAAUUUAGUCCGAGUAAUAUUCCCGAUUUCGAUUCUUUUUGGAACAACUAAAUUAACAACACAGAUGUAUGGAUUAAUCUUCAGUGUAAUUACGUUAAUUAUUAUUAGUACGAUUUAAUUAUGUUCCCUUCUUCGCCGGCUGUAUUUUUCGUCCGGUGGGAAGGGAAAUUAAGGUUUCGUGGUGGUUCGAAAACUAAUGUAUAUAUAUCACUAAUUGUAUCAGUUUUUUUUUUAUAGGAAGUUUGUUUGUA